CAUUGGGAAAGGUAGGCCAAACGGCCUUUACUUAUCAUUGGGAAAGGUAGGCCAAACGGCCUUUACUUAUCAUUGGGAAAGGUAGGCCAAACGGUCUUUACUCAUCAUUGGGAAAGGUAGGCCAAGCGGCCUUUACUUAUCAUUGGGAAAGGUAGGCCAAAAGGCCUUUACUCAUCAUUGGGAAAGGUAGGCCAAGCGGCCUUUACUUAUCAUUGGGAAAGGUAGGCCAAAAGGCCUUUACUCAUCAUUGGGAAAGGUAGGAUGUGUUUUGGACAUAUCCUUUCUGUGCUCCAGCAAUUUACGAACAGAUGCCUCCUUCCAUCAGCCGUAUGCACCUUGUUCAGUAUCUGUCACUUUACAGUACUGUAGUUCAUGAUCUGGUUUUACUUACUUUAUGACAUUCCUCCUCGUUCUUAUAGGCUGGAGCAGACUUAGUCUCAAAAUAAGACGGGUUUAAAAUAGUUUUAGCCUGUUAAAGCAGGGUUUCCCAAACCUUUCUUUUUCAAGGUGAAGGGGGAGGUUCGGACAGAGCUAAAGGACGUCCAUUUUUUUUGCACUGAUCACAGACGUGGUCAAGUGUAAAUAUGACUUCUUACAUGAGCCUGACAGUGCAUGUCACGAAAGACUGAACACUAUCUCAGGCUAACAUAGUUUGGAAAGCAAUUGGCUAUUGCUUCAAAGAGAAGACAAUGAAAAGACUUAUCUGUCUUUUAGUUAUCAAAAUUCUCAACUUAAUUGAGCGAACAGUAUUUUUGCCAUUGGCUAUAUCCCCGGUGAGUGUGCAUAUUCACUUUCUUUAUCCCUGGGUCAGUGCCACUUGAAAGUCAUAUUGAAAAAGAUUCUGCUAAUCUCUAUAGUCAUAUAAAGUGUAGUAGAAUUGCAUGAUAAAAAAUAUUUUAACAAGGGGGGGAAAAAAUCCUGUAAAGAGAAACAUAUCUGACAUAGCCUAGCCUAGCCUUACUCCACCACGCGCUGCAUUGAACAGCCGUUUUUUUGUGAACAGUGAUUGAGUUAUAUUAUUAACCUAAAUGAUGACUAUCCAAUUUACUAAUCACAUUAGCAAUAGUCAGCUAUCUUACAAAAGUCUGUAAAUGUGAUGAUGCAUAGAAUGCUUUAUUUAUUUUUUUAUGGUGAAAAUGAGCUUCCCCUUAACUUGAGACUCGCGCGCCUAUGAGCAAGACAGUUAGGCCUAAACACUCCGUUUUCCUUUGCUAAUGUUUCCCCCGUCCGUCCGUCGGCUGUCAGUUAUGUCGAUGACUGUGUACAUACCGCACGUCAAUCACCGACACCGGAAGUCCCAUGACCGUCACAGCCCUAAUUGUAUGCUUGAGUUUGUUCAAGAGAGGCUUUGACGCCAGAUUUGAGCAGAUCUUGCUUUAGUUUUCCUCAGCCUGUGUUUUGUUUCUCUCUCCUUUUCCUGUUAGAUGGUGAUGCUGCUUCUCUCCAGAGGAGCCAACAUUAAUGCUUUUGACAAGAAGGACCGCCGAGCAAUCCACUGGGCUGCUUACAUGGGGCACAUUGAGGUGGUGAAACUGCUGGCCUCUCAUGGAUCAGAGGUGUCCUGUAAAGACAAGAAGGCCUACACCCCUCUCCACUCUGCAGCCUCCAGCGGCAUGAUCAGCAUAGUCAAGUACCUCCUGGACCUUGGGGUGGAUAUCCACAGAUGAAGCAAUCUCAAUUGAGAGGGGAAAUACCUAUGUGAGAAUACUGUUCAUAGACUACAGCCCAGCAUUCAACACCAUAGUCCCCUCCAAGCUAGGGACCUUGGGACUGAAGACCUCCUUCUGCAACUGGAUGCUGGACUUUCUGACGGGCCGGCCCCAGGUGGUGAGGAUAGGCAAGAACACCUCUGCCACACUGACCUUCAACACGGGAGGCCCUCAGGGAUGCGUGCUUAGUCCCCUCUUGUACUCCCUGUUCACCCAUGACUGUGUGGCCACACACGACUCCAACACCAUCAUCAAGUUUGCUGACGACACGAAGGCGAUGAGAGGUCAGAGACUUGGCAUUGUGGUGCCAGGACAACCUCUUCCUCAAUGUCAGUAAGACCAAGGAGCUGAUCGUGGACUAUAGGAGCAAGAGGGGAGAGCACGUCCCCAUCCACAUCAACAGGGCUGUUAAAGGGUCUUGCUCUGACCCUACCCACAAUCCCUAGACUGUAUACAAACCAUAUGCACACACACACACACUACAUUCACACUCCCACACAAAAUCCACACACACACAAACCGACACAACCCAAACACACAUGCGUACACAUUACACACUCUCACAAACAAACACACACCUUUACACUCAUUUGCUGCUGCUGCUCUGUUCUUUAUUUUGCUCUUAUUAUUAUUAUCUAUCCUGAUGCCUAGUCACUUUACCCUGCCUUGUACAUAUCUACCUCAAAUACCUCGUACCCCUGCACACUGAUUUGGAACUGGUACUCCUUGUAUAUAGCUUUAUUAUUGGGUAUUUUAUUACACCGUUACAAUAUAUACAGUACCAGUCAAAAGUUUGGACACACCUAUUCAUUCCAGGGUUUCUUUAUUUUUUACAAUUUUCUACAUUGUAGAACAUCAAAAGUAUGAAAUACCACAUAAGGAAUCCUGUAGUAACCAAAAAAAUCGAAAUAUAUUUUAUAUUUGAGAUUCUUCAAAGUAGCCACCCUUUUCCUUGAUGACAGCUUUGCACACUCUUGGCAUUCUCUCAAUCAGCUUCAUGAGGGACUCACCUGGAAUGCAUUUCAAUUAACAGGUGUGCCUUGUUCAAAGUUAAUUUGUGGAAUUUAUUUCCUUAGUGCUUUUGAGCCAAUCACUUGUUUUGUGACAAGGUAGGGGUGGUAUACAGAAGAUAGCCCUAUUUGGUAAAAUACCAAGUCCAUAUUAUGGCAAGAACAGCUCAAAUAAGCAAAGAGAAACGAAAGUCUAAUAUUAUUUUAAGCCAUGAAGUUCAGUCAAUCCGGAAAAUUUCAAAAACUUUGAACGUUUCUUCAAGUGCAGUCACAAAAUCCAUCAAGCGCUAGACCCAGAGUUACCUCUGCUGUAAAGUUCAAGUAACAGACACAUCUCAACACUAGCUUGGAGAUCCGUUACAGGAUGUCUGUCACCCCACUGAGCCCCUAUUGCAGGUUAGGGGUCACAUCCACUUGAAUGUCCUUCAUAUGACGAACCUCCUACAGAGCAAAUGAGGAAAAUAUGAUAUAUUAUGAUUUAUGUUAGUAACAAUACAAUAUGGGAAUUUUAUCCCAAAGCUACCUACAGCUAACAUAUAUAUUUAUGUAUGUGAUCUAUGUAAAUAAAGGAGUAUAACACAGCUGUAAAACUGUGAAGGACUAUAUGGUGGAGGCCUACCCAUUUCCCAGGAGCAUUGUAAAAAGUGGUUUGGGUACAGUGUUUAUUUCCCCCUAAUAUCUUUGAAGAUUACACCUAAAAUAAUUAGGCCUACUUCUUUCUACUGCUGAUCUGAGACCAUUAGGGUUAAACAUUACAGAUAUAAAUGCAAUAUAUGGAGUAGAAAAGAUUGCCUGCCCACCAAAGAAUCAACAUACGUUCUACAUGGUCUAUUUCUAUCUGAAUGUAACACCUCAAUCAAGCUUGUUAAUUGAUCGUUAAGUCCUGUUUGUCAGGUAAAAGGUCAUUAGUGGCCUAUAUAAGCCUCAUACAGGCCACGGGAAGACAUUACCUGUUGAUAACACAGACUAUUCUCAUGAUCAUGGGAGGUGUGAGAGAAUUACUGCUCUUUGUGAUGACUGUGGGGGUUGUCAAAGUUUCUUGUUACCCUGUUGGAAAGUCCCAGAAGCAAGAGCAAGUCUCUCUGCAGAGCAGACUUGGAGAGCUGUCAUCAAAUGACGUCUCCAUUGUGCAUGCCCUGGCCUUGCUCCGAUCCAUAGGGUCUGACGCUAAACAAGACAGAGAAGAGAAUUUAGAGACUAAUGAAGUAGAAUCCCAAGCUUCUCCAAACCAUGGUAGCUCUACGGCAAAUGAUGCCCUGUCCUCUGACGACGCUACCUCUGAAGCUGCCCCUGGCCUGUCUGACGACGCUACCUCUGAAGCUGCCCCUGGCCCGUCUGACGACGCUACCGCUGAAGCUGCCCCUGGCCCGUCUGACGACGCUACCGCUGAAGCUGCCACUGGCCCGUCUGACGACGCUACCGCUGAAGCUGCCACUGGCCCGUCUGACGACGCUACCGCUGAAGCUGCCACUGGCCCGUCUGACGACGCUACCGCUGAAGCUGCCACUGGCCCGUCUGACGACGCUACCGCUGAAGCUGCCACUGGCCCGUCUGACGACGCUACCGCUGAAGCUGCCACUGGCCCGUCUGACGACGCUACCGCUGAAGCUGCCACUGGCCCGUCUGACGACGCUACCGCUGAAGCUGCCACUGGCCCGUCUGACGACGCUACCGCUGAAGCUGCCACUGGCCCGUCUGACGACGCUACCGCUGAAGCUGCCACUGGCCCGUCUGACGACGCUACCGCUGAAGCUGCCACUGGCCCGUCUGACGACGCUACCGCUGAAGCUGCCACUGGCCCGUCUGACGACGCUACCGCUGAAGCUGCCACUGGCCCGUCUGACGACGCUACCGCUGAAGCUGCCACUGGCCCGUCUGACGACGCUACCGCUGAAGCUGCCACUGGCUCGUCUGACGACGCUACGUCUGAAGCUGCCACUGGCCCGUCUGACGACGCUACCGCUACCUCCGAAGCUGCCACUGGCCCGUCUGACGACGCUACCUCCGAAGCUGCCACUGGCCCGUCUGACGACGCUACCUCCGAAGCUGCCACUGGCCCGUCUGACGACGCUACCUCCGAAGCUGCCACUGGCCCGUCUGACGACGCUACCUCCGAAGCUGCCACUGGCCCGUCUGACGACGCUAGCUCUGCCACUGGUGCGUCUGACGACGCUACCGCUACCUCCGAAGCUGCCACUGGCCCGUCUGACGACGCUACCUCUGAAGCUGCCACUGGCCCGUCUGACGACGCUACCUCUGAAGCUGCCACUGGCCCGUCUGACGACGCUACCGCCGAAGCUGCCACUGGCCCGUCUGACGACGCUAGCGCUGCCACUGGUCCGUCUGACGACGCUACCGCUACCUCUGAAGCUGCCACUGGCUCGUCUGACGACGCUAGAGCUGCCACUGGCCCGUCUGACGACGCUACCGCUGAAGCUGCCACUGGCCCGUCUGACGACGCUACCGCUGAAGCUGCCACUGGCCCGUCUGACGACGCUACCGCUGAAGCUGCCACUGGCCCGUCUGACGACGCUACCGCUGAAGCUGCCACUGGCCCGUCUGACGACGCUACCGCUGAAGCUGCCACUGGCCCGUCUGACGACGCUACCGCUGAAGCUGCCACUGGCCCGUCUGACGACGCUACCGCUGAAGCUGCCACUGGCCCGUCUGACGACGCUACCGCUGAAGCUGCCACUGGCCCGUCUGACGACGCUACCGCUGAAGCUGCCACUGGCCCGUCUGACGACGCCACCUCUGAAGCUGCCACUGGCCCGUCUGACGACGCUACCGCUGAAGCUGCCACUGUCCCGUCUGACGACGCCACCUCUGAAGCUGCCACUGUCCCGUCUGACGACGCCACCUCUGAAGCUGCCACUGUCCCGUCUGACGACGCCACCUCUGAAGCUGCCACUGUCCCGUCUGACGACGCCACCUCUGAAGCUGCCACUGUCCCGUCUGACGACGCUACCUCUGAAGCUGCCACUGUCCCGUCUGACGACGCUACCUUUGAAGCUGCCACUGUCCCGUCUGACGACGCUACCUCUGAAGCUGCCACUGUCCCGUCUGACGACGCUACCUCUGAAGCUGCCACUGUCCCGUCUGACGACGCUACCUCUGAAGCUGCCACUGGCCCGUCUGACGACGCUACCUCUGAAGCUGCCACUGGCCCGUCUGACGACGCUGCCACCACAGGCCCGUCUGACGACGCCACCGCAGCCACUGGUUUGUCUGACGACGCUACCUCUGAAGCUGCCACUGGCCCGUCUGACGACGCCACCUCUGAAGCUGCCACUGGCCCGUCUGACGACGCCACCUCUGAAGCUGCCACUGGCCCGUCUGACGACGCCACCUCUGAAGCUGCCACUGGCCCGUCUGACGACGCUGCCACACCUCUGAAGCUGCCACUGGCCCGUCUGACGACGCUGCCACUACCUCUGAAGCUGCCACUGGCCCGUCUGACGACGCUGCCACUACCUCUGAAGCUGCCACUGUCCCGUCCGACGACGCUGCCACUACCUCUGAAGCUGCCACUGGCCCGUCCGACGACGCUGCCACUACCUCUGAAGCUGCCACUGGCCCGUCCGACGACGCUGCCACUACCUCUGAAGCUGCCACUGGCCCGUCCGACGACGCUGCCACUACCUCUGAAGCUGGCCCGUCCGACGACGCUGCCACUACCUCUGAAGCUGCCACUGGCCCGUCCGACGACGCUGCCACUACCUCUGAAGCUGCCACUGGCCCGUCCGACGACGCUGCCACUACCUCUGAAGCUGCCACUGGCCCGUCUGACGACGCUGCCACUACCUCUGAAGCUGCCACUGGCCCGUCUGACGACGCUGCCACUACCUCUGAAGCUGCCACUGGCCCGUCUGACGACGCCACCUCUGAAGCUGCCACUGGCCCGUCUGACGAAGCUAGCGCAGCCACUGGCCCGUCUGACGACGCUACCUCUGAAGCUGCCACUGGCCCGUCUGACGACGCUACCUCUGAAGCUGCCACUGGCCCGUCUGACGACGCCACCUCUGAAGCUGCCACUGGCCCGUCUGACGCCGCCACCUCUGAAGCUGCCACUGGCCCGUCUGACGACGCCACCUCUGAAGCUGCCACUGGCCCGUCUGACGACGCCACCUCUGAAGCUGCCACUGGCCCGUCUGACGCCGCCACCUCUGAAGCUGCCACUGGCCCGUCUGACGACGCCACCUCUGAAGCUGCCACUGGCCCGUCUGACGACGCCACCUCUGAAGCUGCCACUGGCCCGUCGGACGACGCCACCUCUGAAGCUGCCACUGGUCCGUCUGACGACAAUACCUCUGAAGCUGCCACUGGUCCGUCUGACGACAAUACCUCUGAAGCUGCCACUGGUCCGUCUGACGACGCUACCUCUGAAGCUGCCACUGGCCCGUCUGACGACGCUACCUCUGAAGCUGCCACUGGCCCGUCUGACCAUGCCAUUGAGGAACUGUUCACUUCUGCAUCUGAGUCCCCGUUGACCACAAACAUGGAUAUCUGAUGUGGGACAUGGUGCUCGGGGUCCAUGCAAGAGUUCAUGGGUAUUCUAGUCCAGGUUGUGUGUGUAACUGCAUUUUUUUGUUUUGGCUCAAUUAAACGUUAACUGUAAUACUUGUGUCCUCAGUAUUGUUUUGACGGUUCCUACUUGCAGUUGAGGUCUAUGACUUGAGUAACUGUGGUGAUGGCAACAUUUAUUUUGCAUUAUAACCAUGCUUUGGCAUCAGCAAUAUGUUUACUUUGACCCCUGUGCUUAAAUCACCAUUUGCCUUAAGCUACAUUUGGUCAAAUUAUGCUAGUAGCAUCACAUGAUGUGGAAUGGGUUCUAGUUCAUUUAAACUUGAUGGUUGUGGAACUGAGUGUUUGGGGUUUGUACAUGAGGCUGUUGCUAGAAUCGGGGUUAAUGGUGUCAGUGCUAACUAAUAUCACGGUUGUCAACUUGCAUUUAAAUGACUCUGCUGGGUGUCUUCUCUCGUAACUGACUUGGUUUCCUAUUAGUGAAUGCUUACAUGUAAAACCAGCUCUCGUAUCAUUAGCCCAUCGUUUUGGCGGUUGGUCUUCAUAUCCCAGUGCCAAUCCAAACUUUCAGGUUUAAAUAAGUCAAUGCGAACCUGUCUUAGCUGGCAGGCUGCUAUCAGGUCCAGGCUCUUCCAAGAUUUGCUUGUAGAGCAGCUAACCUAGGGUUUGAGGGCAGGAACAGUUUGACCAGGAUUUCCCACCCACUCCGAUUUACAUGGGAUAAACCAUUGGAAGAAACCGGUAAAUUUCAAUGAGAAGCGUGAGGAAGUCUGUUCAUACAGGCCUUCUCUAGCCGCAUGAUGAAUGCUCAGGGUGUGCGUCGUAGCAAACCGUACUUAGUCGCCAUGAAUUCAAAAAGCACGUACACGCAGCUGGGCUUAACAAUCUAGACCCUCUAUUUCUGAAACUAUCCGCCGCCAUUUUCGCAACCCCAUUACCAGCCUGUUCAACCUCUCAUAUUGUCUGAGAUCCCCAAGGAUUGGAAAGCUGCCGCGGUCAUCCCCCUCUUCAAAGGGGGUGACACCCUGGACCCAACUGUUACAGACCUACAAGCUAGUGUCUGAGGACCUGGAGGAGGCUGUGUCUACAGCUGUGGUUCAGGACAAGCAUGGUAACCUAACCUCACUGUAUGAAGGAUUUUAUUGUUAUGGAUAGUCAUCUCCAAUCUGUUCAAAUAUCACUGUUGAUAACACACAUUACCAAGAUUAUUCACACUUGUCUUCCUAUUUCCACAUAAUCUGUCAUGGUUCCCCACCCCAAGAGGGCAUAAAACCAACCUCUCUUUAUUGCUACUGCUAAUACACCCAAAUCCAAAAGCUUUCGAGUAUCUUAUUGCUUUUCUUCUAACCCUGAAUGGCAACUUUUUAUCUUAGUACACAAGCAUGUCACUUUAUCCAUCCACACCCACUCUACUGCCGCAUGGCCACUGCGGCUAGACUUGCACCCUCUCGUUACAGGUAUAGCAGGUAACCAACCCCACCUGGGUCUUACCCCCUAGGUACCCGCCUGUUCGGGUUUACCUGCCGGGACUUACCAUAUACCACAAAUCUACGACCGGUCGAUAUACAAUGGGAUUACUGAAUAAGCUCAGGCUUUCUGGGUCCGUACCCUAUAAUUGGUUCAGCCUACGACUCUCAUCUCCCCAAGAUAUCAGAAUUAGUGAUGAAAGGUGUAGGAACUGUGCCUACCUUGUUUCUGUUUCACUGAUUCAGAAUAUCUAGUUCGACUGCAAAUCGUGGUGAACCCUGCUCACAGUGCCAACUGUUAGGUUCUAAUUCUCAAAGUAAAAACCCGACGGACACUAUGAAAGCUUAAACCAAGUUUAUUCUUCCCAGAGGGUCAAGACAGCUGCAUUAGACAAAAAACAUAUUCACACAAGCACUGAUAUUUAAUCCUUUCUCCUAUGCUGAGUCUACUCCUACACCUCUGAACAGCCAAUGCAUCUCUGUUGCUAGACAGAACCUUUGUGAUAUCUGUUCUUCUUCACUUCAUCUGACCUGACCUCUACCCUAAAGUGCUCACUCCUCCCCAACUCAAGGCUGUCAUGGUGAUUGGUACCAGACCGUGUCUGGUAGAUUUUUCAACCAGAAAUGUGCAUAGUGUAGCUCUAACUCCAAAAAGUUUUGGGACACUGUAAAGUCCAUGGAGAACAAGAGCACCUCCUCCCAGCUGCCCACUGCAUUGAGGCUAGGUAACACGGUCACCACCGAUAAAUCCAUGAUAAUCAAACAUUUCAAUAAGCAUUUCUCUACGGCUGGCCAUGCUUUCCUCCUGGCUACCCCAACCCCGGCCAACAGCUCCACACCCCCCGCAGCUACUUGCCCGAGCCUCCCCAGCUUCUCCUUCACCCAAAUCCAGGUAGCAGAUGUUCUGAAAGAGCUGCAAAAACUGGACCCGUACAAAUCAGCCGGGCUAGACAAUCUGGACCCUCUCUUUCUAAAAUUAUCCGCCGCCAUUGUUGCAACCCCUAUUACCAGUCUGUUCAACCUCUCUUUCGUAUCGUCCGAGAUCCGUAAAGAUUGGAAAGCUGCCGCGGUCAUCCCCCUCUUCAAAGGGGGUGACACUCUAGACCCAAACUGUUAUAGACCUAUAUCCAUCCUGCCCUGCCUUUCUAAAGUCUUCGAAAGCCAAGUUAAUAAACAGAUCACUGACCAUUUCGAAUCCCACCGUACCUUCUCCGCUGUGCAAUCCAGUUUCCGAGCUGGUCAUGGGUGCACCUCAGCCACGCUCAAGGUACUAAACGAUAUCAUAACCGCCAUCGAUAAAAGACAGUACUGUGCAGCCGUCUUCAUCGACCUUCAAGGCUUUCGACUCUGUCAAUCACCGUAUUCUUAUCGGCAGACUCAACAGCCUUGGUUUCUCAAAUGACUGUCUCGCCUGGUUCACCAACUACUUCGCAGACAGAGUUCAGUGUGUCAAAUUGGAAGGCCUGUUGUCUGGACCUCUGGCAGUCUCUAUGGGGGUACCACAGGGUUCAAUUCUCGGGCCGACUCUUUUCUCUGUAUACAUCAACGAUGUCACUCUUGCUGCGUGUGAUUCCCUGAUCCACCUCUACGCAGACGACAGUAUUCUGUAUACAUCUGGCCCUUCUUUGGACACUGUGUUAACUAACCUCCAAACGAGCUUCAAUGCCAUACAACGCUCCUUCCGUGGCCUCCAACUGCUCUUAAACGCUCGUAAAACCAAAUGCAUGCUUUUCAACAGUUCGCUGCACGCACCCGCCCGCCCGACUAGCAUCACUACUCUGGACGGUUCUGACCUAGAAUACGUGGACAACUACAAAUACCUAGGUGUCUGGAUAGACUGUAAACUCUCCUUCCAGACUCAUAUCAAACAUCUCCAAUCCAAAAUAAAUCUAGAAUCUGCUUUUUAUUUCGCAACAAAGCCUCCUUCACUCACGUCGCCAAACUUACCCUAGUAAAACUGACUAUCCUACCAAUCCUCGACUUUGGCGAUGUCAUCUACAAAAUAGCUUCCAAUACUCUACUCAGCAAACUGGAUGCAGUCAAUCACAGCGCCAUCCGUGUUGUUACCAAAGCCCCUUAUACCACCCACCACUACGACCUGUAUGCUCUUGUCGGCUGGCCCUCGCUACAUAUUCGUCGCCAGACCCACUGGCUCCAGGUCAUCUAUAAGCUAGGUAAAGCUCCGCCUUAUCUCAGCUCACUGGUCACGAUAACAACACCCACCCGUAGCACGCGCUCCAGCAGGUAUAUCUCACUGGUUAUCCCCAAAGCCAACACCUCUUUUGGCCGCCUUUCCUUCCAGUUCUCUGCUGCCAGUGACUGGAACGAAUUGCAAAAAUCGCUGAAGCUGGAGACUUACAUUUCACUCACUAACUUUAAAUAUCAGCUAUCUGAGCAGCUAACCGAUCACUGCAGCUAUACAUAGUUCAUCUGUAAAUAGCCCACCCCAAUCUACCCAUCUCAUCCCCAUAUUGUUUUUAUUUACUUUUCUGCUCUUUUGCACACCAGUAUCACUACUUGCACAUCAUCAUCUGCUCAUAUAUCACUCCAGUGUUAGUCUGCAAAAUUUUUCUUACUUUGAAACUAUAGCCUAUUUAUUGCCUUACCUCCUCACGCCAUUUGCACACACUGUAUAGACUUUAUUCUUCUAUUAUGUUAUUGACUGUACGCUUGUUUAUUCCAUGUGUAACUCUGUGUUGUUGUUUGUGUCGCACUGCUUUGCUUUAUCUUGGCCAGGUCGCAGUUGUAAAUGAGAACUUGUUCUCAACUAGCUUACCUGGUUAAAUAAAGGUGAAAUAAACAAAAAAUCCCAGAGGAUCCCAGAUGGCUAACAAUAACAUAUCCUGACAUAAUGUAAACGUUAUACAUUAAGCUCUCUCCCUCAGUGACAUGAAUUAGUAUAUUUCAUAUUCUCAGAACCCAACAGUAGGUUUUAAGGUGUGGCUGCAUGUUUGUCGUGGACGCAUCGUCACUCUUGCUGUUCUUUUUCCAGAUUGCAAGUGAAACACCUUUAGAUGUAAGUGCCAGUUGGUAACUUUUCCUCACACUUGCUUGUUUAAGGUAUGGAUGCAACACCCCAGUAUGUCUGCAGGGGCUGGUCACUGAGAUUUACCAUGUUACACAUGCUACUAGACUAACCUUCCAAGUAAAUAUGUUACAAGUCUGAA